AUGGAUGGAAUGUCAGUACGAACAAGCAUGGUGGGGCGAAAUGAAAGGCAUGAUGGGCGUAAUUGGAUGGAAGAUAAGAGAGGGUCUCUAAUGGUGGUGGCCACAGUUAUUGCAACCAUGACUUUCCAAAUUGCCAUAAACCCUCCAGGGGGUGUUUGGCAAGCAAAAACAGAUGACCAACAAGGUUGUGAAGCUGGUAAAAUCUGCCAAGCAGGUACUUCAGUCUUAGCCUUUAGUAGCAGCAACCAAAGGUUAAAAUAUGAGAUAUUCAUACUGUUAUGCACCAUAUCUUUCUCUGCAUCUCUCACCACAAUCAUACUACUUCUCUGUGGAGUUUCCCUCCGUAACAAGUUUAUCAUGUGGUUCUUCACCAUUGUUUUGUCCAUCUCAGUAAUUUGCACUGCGGGAGCGUACGCCAUUUGUAUUUGGAUGAUAUUGAAUCCUCUUAACAAACUUGUUGGACGCAUCACCCUUUAUUAUGCACUGUUUUGGGGAGGGUUUACUGUGUUGAUAUGUGUGGCGAUCUUCUGUCGCCUUGCUUUUUGGAUUCUCAAGAGUUUCUUCCGCUUCUUGUGUUGCCGCCGCAAGAAUAUCACAGGAUCUGUUUGA